CGUCAAUUUUUUUUUGCUACUCAAAAAUUUACAAGACGAAAAAAUAUAUUUGUUCAUAUUAAUAACAAAUACAAAUACUUAAAAAUAUCCUAAAUAUGAUUUAAAGAAUUUGUGGAAAUAACUUAUGGAAUAUCGUCAUUCAAAAAUCCAUACAGGGAACUCUUGGUAUUACCAACGGCAGACGAUCUUCGGAAAAUACAAGAAGCUACGUCAUAUAAAUUAGACGAGAAAUCCACUGAUCUAGUACCCAGUACUGUACAGCCUAUACUAUACCAUUCACUUUCCUAAAGAAAAACCUCAUUUUAAAUUGAUUCAGUUUAAGCGAGAACACGCGCGAGGUACCGCAGCAGUAAUUUAAGGUACCACACCGUUUAACCGCCUUGGUACUACUAUGCAUUUGCGUUGUACCACCGAAACAUGUCCCUAAUCGAAAACUUUUGCUUUUCCUUGGUGUUGUGGAUGGGUUUUCUGAUGGUACUUGGUCAAAGUGCCGAUGGGAACCCUUCCUUUAGGUUCGGGAGGUUCACUGGUUCUUGGGCGCAGAAUGGGGAGGAAAGUAAGGGUUUGAAGAGGUACAGUGGUUGGAGGGCUAACAAGAAUUCUAUGAGGAUGGUUUAUUUUCAUGAUCAGACUAUAGCUGUUGUGGAACUGGGUCCUAGGAAACUUUUGUUGGGUUGCGAAGUUAUGGAAGUUUUUGAGACGGAUCAGUAUUUGAAAGUUCUUGGUGAAUUAGAAUCAACAGCUAGGCCAGUUGGUAUCAGUUUCUUGGAGAUGUUAACAUUGAUGGAUCAGUGCAAAGAACUAGAUGAAAUGAGUGGUUUGAUCAAAGAACCAGGUCCAGGGGUACAGAACAAAACAACCAAAGCCAUCGAUCAAGCCAGGAGCAUACUGUCAAAUGAUCCAUUUACUUUGUUUAGAGGAAUCAUACCUGGAACAAAAUGGUGUGGCACCGGCGACAUAGCCAAGAACUACUUCGACCUAGGAGCCCAAUCCAGCGUAGACGCCUGCUGUAGAACCCACGAUCUAUGUCCCAUAAAAGUCAGAUCGGGAACCCAAAGGUACAAUCUCAACAACAAUUCCCUCUACACGAAGUCCCACUGCGAAUGCGACCAGAGACUGUACGAUUGCCUCAAAAAACAGCAGUUUAUACCGGUCGCAAACCUUCUGGGCAACAUCUACUUCAAUCUAGCCCGCGUAGAGUGCGUGCAAGACGCCAAAGAAGGCAGAACUUUCAAGAGUCCCAACAUGAGAUUUUAGUACUUUUUUGACAUAUAUACGGUGCGAUCGAAAAAAAAUCGACGUCACGGUAGGCAUCGUUAUUUCUAUCUAUGCCUACUGUGACGGUGUUUUUUUUUCUCGGAACGCGCCAUCUUUUUUUUAAAGUGUAAAGUAGACUAGAUUAAUUUAUUGCCAAAAUCUGUAAAACUGUGAUGGAAAAAAUAUUUUUUUUAAAUAUACUUUUUUUACAAACUAAA